AUGUAUUCACAUCGUGUACGUGACAUGUGUUUGCAUUAUGUCCGGGUCAAGUUGCGGGGAACGCCUGCUGGCAGGGAUCCUGAUGCUGUGCUCGGAUUAUGGCAGUUUGUCGAGGACCGCGGUGCCCGCUUCUUGGAUCCUUGCCUUACAGACUUUCUCAUCAUGUCGGUCGACUUGAGCGCAACGCUUAUCGUUUAUAUCUUCCUUGCUUGCUUUGACGUUGUGUCUGAACGAGAGCGCGAUGUUGUGUGCUUUGUGCUCGACUUGUUAUCCUCGUAUGAUGUCAUGGCCCGUGAACUCCCGAUGACACAGAACGUGGUUCUUCUCGCUCAGAUCUACGCUCAUGAACUCUGCAUCAUGGCAGCUUAUUACCGCCGGGAGAGCGAAGGAUUUUCAUGGAGCAAUCAAAGUGAUCCUAGCACUCUCCUGAACACCGUGUUGCUUCCUUUGAUCCAGAAUCUUACGCACGAUCAGCAUCAAAACAUCAUCUAUACUCUGGAGGAGGCCGAAAUGAUUCUCGCCUACCCUCUCGAUAUGCUAGAGGAACUCAUUACGAGCUGGAAGAGUUCAAAGCGCAACCAAUGUCGCAAAGAGAUGGAGCUCUUGUCUUCAUCCAAUUCGCAGCGGCCCGGUCCUCGGACCAAGUCUAGGACGUUCCGACUGACCCUUCCUAAUUUGGCUAUAGGCACUCGCAUCAACUCUUUCAGCUCGAGGGACCAAAAGCGCGAAUCGUGGGGGAUCGAUCCAUACCACGUGGUUGAUGAAGCCUUUGAAAAGGAGCUCCAGGAGCUUGUGGAGUAUGGACCCGAUGUUGAUUGCUUGUGCCAUACAGGCCAUUUAUGCUUUAUUCAUGCCGAGGGACACCCAUGCGAUUACGAACCCAAGCCCAAGUUUCCCAAUAGUAGGGAGCUCAAGCGCCGCUUAAAAUCAGGGUUGAAAAUGAUCAUAGCAUCCCGAUAA